GGAUUCAAAGUAGUCUCCAAACCUCGCCACAGUUUUGUUUUCCAGCUAUAGCAUUCAAAAUAAUAGUAACAGGCCAACUAUUCCACGAUUCUCAGAGCGUUUGGUGGCGUCGUUUGCUCUCCAGUCCAGCAGGUGUCAGUGCGGAAUUGCAGAGGCAGAGCAGCAGCGGGUUUGUUUCCCUUAGCAGUUAGCAUAUGAGGCUCCUGUAAAAGAUGCCCGUGUCUGUCAUGAUGGCUGAACUUGAUGAAAAGCUGCUGUUGCAGUUUGAAACUCAAGAGUUGGAGGCUCCUGGUGGUAUUGCUACGCCUCAAGUGUAUUCCCAGUUACUAGUUCUGUAUCUCCUGCACAAUGACCUGAAUAAUGCCAGAUACCUUUGGAAACGGAUACCACAUGCAAUCAAAACAGCAAACCCAGAGCUGGCCGCUAUAUGGGCUGUUGGACAGCGUAUCUGGCAGCGAGACUUUCCAGGGAUCUACGCUACUAUUGCUGCUUACCAGUGGUCUGAAAGCAUUCUCCCUGUGAUGGAAGCUUUAAGAGAGUCCACCCGUAGGAGGGCAUAUGGGCUAGUAGCACAAGCUUACACCUCUAUCAGUGCAGAGGACUUUGCUGCCUUUGUGGGAUACUCUGUAGAAGAGGCGGUCAAAGGUGUAGUUAGUCAUGGGUGGCAGGCAGAUCCAAACACCAGGAUGAUCAUGCCACAGAAACCAGAUCCGCCCCCGGUCUCUCUAGUUCCAAACGAACAACAGCUGGCCAGACUUACCGACUACGUGGCUUUUCUUGAGAACUGAUAAGCACUCCACCCUCUUCCACCCUCUUCCUCACCACCUCUCAGAUACUCAGUUUUAUGAAAGAAAACUCCUGCUUCAGUGAUGGAGCCGCCAUAUUUCUUUUUUUCUGUUUUGCUUCUUGAACUUGUCAACCACAGUGAUGUAGGACAGUUUCCAAAUUGUUUUACUUGUACAACUUCCGCAUCUACUUUGGAGUAUGACAUUGCUGUCAAUAUUGUAAAUUAUUGUUUUUCAGCAUAAAUACUUCACUGUAUGCACAUAUUGUUCAGGCUGUUUUGAUGUUACAGGUCAAAAUUUGAUCCUUAAGUAAUUUCAUACCAACAAAGAUGAUGGUUCAUGAUGGUUAAGACUUCCAUUUACAACUGUUGUACAAAAUCACUCAUCAGAAUAAAUCUCCACAUUUGUCCAGAUGUGUAAUUACAUUUUUGUUAUAUACAUUUUGGCACAUCAGUUAAUCAGAAUGGCUUCUUCUUGCAAUAUUUAACACUGGUCUCAUUAUUGAGACCAAUGCAUUCAUUAUGUUGAUGCAGUGAAAAAAAAAGUUGUAUUUUUAACCACUAAAAUGUUUCAAACAACCUUGUUAUCACUAGCAAAGGUAUUGUUUAACAGUGCAAACACACGACAGCUUAAAGCAGCUUAUUUUGGGAGGCACACAGUUGUAUUAAGAUGUUUUCCACUGUCUGACAAGUGUUUUGUUGACAGUGCAUCUUUGUAUGUCUGCUAUUCAGAUGUUUUGCUCUGCCUCCUCGGUUUCUCACGCAGUGGUUUUGAAAAAGGAGAGGAAGCGUACCAGCUGUUGGCCACUGUCACAUCCUUUCAGCUUUAGAAUAAAAGUGCGAGCCAUAUGCGCUGAAACAAUGGGUACAUAUGGUACUGUGAGAAUAUUAACCUCAUCCAUUUUAGUGUAUGUUUGUCUUUGAAUUUUAUCUUCCAUAUUGCAUUUGCUCAUCAUUUUACAUUUUGAGGUUGCACCUGCCUGGUCCUAUCCGGUCUUUGACUUAGCAGAUAUUAUUAUUAUGGAUUUGUGUUUAGGUUUCUGAUUGACGUGAGGUUUAGUGUCUGUCCCAAGGGCAUAAUAGUCACUGGGAAAGAGCUAUAUGUCUGGCACUAGGCAAGUGCACUGUUUGCCCUUAUCUGGGAUCUGCUUGCACUGUGCUAAAACUGUGCAGGUAACCUCAGGACAUGCUUGUCAUAAACUCCAGGUUUGGUCUGAAUACGAUAAAGCAUUUAGGAGAUAUAGCCAAGUAUGUCAACUUUGGCGAGCUUGUCAUCAAA